AUGUCUGCUCCAACGUCCGAGCCUCUGCCCGACUCGGAGCUAUGGCUCGGCUGGUCGGGCCCUCCGUCAAAGAAGCCACCCAAGGACCCGAACAAGUAUAACGAAACCCCAAAGACCAAAGGUCAUUGGUCUCUUUUUGUUGUGUACGGCACUUUGGCUCCAGACCAGAUUUCCGGGGCUGUGCACCACCAGCUCGAUGCCUUCCGCUUCUCGUCAAUUCAUAACCCGGACAAAACGCCCAUGAAUUCGUUUACGCGAGACGGACAGGAGCUGCCAGAGUAUAUCGCGGAAAUGAAAGAAGCCCAUUUCCACACGGACAAGCCCAACAAUCGAGUCCUCAUUGGCCGGGUGUUGUGGGCUGACAUAUCAAGAAUGAUGGAGGUUGCUGGGCAGAUCAUGCCAGCUCAAUGCAUGAAGUAUGUUGUUUGCGUUCUGGCUGAACUGGAAAGGGAGGGCUUGGCUCCAAGAGGUGGUGCCGAGCUCCAUGCACGAGAUGUGGCAUACGCCGCAUCGGCUCAGUUUUGGGAGGCACACCACCCAGUCCCUAACCCCUCCAUCAAGCUGCCAAAGUCCUGGCCGAUGCCACGUCCCGAUAACCCGAAGGCGACCCUCGGAAACGCGUCUGAAGGGAUGGAUUCGGCAGCUGGUCCAUUGAGCGCGACCACUGGCAGCUCCGCCGGCGGCAGCAAGAACAAGAGUGGAAAUAAGAAAUGA